GCAGUUAGCAUUCCAGGUAUGUAUUAUCACUUAUUGAGGUCAGUGGAAAAACAAGAUGGCAGAAUUUUCAGGUCCACAAAAUGGCAAAGGACCUGAUCCUGUGAAAAUUACAUUGCAACGGGUAAGUUUUUAGCCUUAAAAUAUAUUUUUACCAGUUCUAUAUAUAUUUGGCUUGUUUGUGUUUUGAUUUGUAGGUAGAAUAUUCAAAAAUAGAAAUUGUUAAAAAGUUUAUAAAAAAAUUAUUUUUAUAUAUUUAUCUCGAUAUUUAUAUUGUUUAUAUGUACAUUACUCAGUAUAAACUAUACAGGAUACUCUCUCAAAUAUUUGGUACAGUAUAAAUAUAUCUAUAAUGCUCAAUGAACUCUUGUCAGUAUGUAAAGUCAUCUGCCAUUAGUCUAUCAAAUAUGUUUCCCCAAAUCUCGAUAUUUAUUUUACUUAUAGAAAGGUUUAAUAAUAUGAUCAAAGAUUUCAGUUGUGAUAGCACUAAACAGUUUUUAAAUACACUUUAUUAUAGAAAGCUGAACUUAAAGCCAAAGGAAAGUUCAUUCCACCUGAACAAUAUGCAUCAUUGAUAGUAAGCUACUCUCAUCUUCAGCAUAUACUUAUUAAAAUAACGGUGGAACAAUCCGUUUUUCACCAGCCAGUUUUUCUCCACCUCCGGGCAGGAGAAAUUUCCUCUGUGGAGAUCUUUUCUGGAAUGACCCAUUUCCACAUUAAUUGCAUUUUAUCAACAUAUGGCCCUAAUCUUAAAUGCACUAUUUAAGAAUUUCCAAAGCCUUAUAUUAACCUUACUCUGUAUUGUGACCGUAGAGAGAUCCAGCUAUUGAGCGCUGGGGUUCAAUGAGAGAAAAGACGCAAGAUCAUUUCAAAUUCCGUCCAAGAACAAUCUUCCUUGGUGUCAUGUGGUGUGCAGUUGUUCCAGCUGCUUAUUAUUUCUUCUUAAAAUGGGAGAAUGUAAGUAUGAAUAAAGUCUAGUUUACUUGAGUUAUUAGCCACUGAUAUUAAAUGAGCAGUCACCAGAAAGUGAAAAAUUAACACCUCAAUCGACAGGCCCAAAAUCAAGUGAAAAAGCUGGAUUAUAUUUAAAGUUUAAUUUAUUAAAACAUAUAUUUUAUUUUAGAAACAAAAGCAUUUUAUGACUGGGAAGACCCCACAGGAACAUUUGGGAGAACAAGCAUCAACAUGAAUAUGAGUUUGGUGUUUUUACAAAUUAAACAUGAUGAACAAGGUGCAGUUGUAUGUACAUGUUCUUCGAGUGACCUCACGUUCUUGUGGAUUAGGUGUAUGAAAGUUUUUGUAAUUUUAUUUUGUCUUAUAUAAUAUUAAAAAAAGUAUAAAAGAUUGCCUUUUUAUAUCGUAUUA